AUGCCGGGCACCGGGGCGGCCGCGCUGGCCUGGGCGCUGCUGGCCUGGGCGCUGCUGGCCCUGCCGCCCACCCUGCCCCAGCCCCAGCCCCAGCCCCAGCCCCAGCCCCGCAGCCGCCCGCAGGUGGUGGAGAAGGAGGCCCGCUUCAACACCACCUACGCCGACUGGGUGGACGCCGACCUGCUCAACAUCUACGCCUUCAACCACAGCGUCCGGAGGAACCGGACGGAGGGGGUGCGGGUGUCGGUGAACGUCCUCUCCGACCACAAGGACUUGCCCGUCCUCUUCGUGGUGAGGCAGAAGGAGGCGGUGGUCUCCUUCCAGGUGCCGCUCAUCCUCCGGGGCCUGUACCAGCGGAAGUACGCGUACCAGGAGGUGAGCCGCACGCUCUGCCAGCCCCAGACCAAGGCGGAGGUGGAGACCCAGCACUUCUACGUGGACGUCUCCACGCUGUCCCUCAACACCUCCUACCAGCUGCGGGUCACCCACGUGGAGAACUUCGUGCUGCGGACGAACGAAAGGUUCAGCUUCAAUGCCACGGCAGCCCAGCCGCAGUAUUUCAAGUACGAGUUCCCUGAGGGAGUGGACUCGGUGAUCGUGAAGGUGACCUCGGCCGUGGCCUUCCCCUGCUCCGUCAUCUCCAUCCAGGACAUCCUGUGCCCCGUCUACGACUUGGACAACAACGUGGCCUUCAUCGGGAUGUACCAGACCAUGACGAAGAAGGCGGCCAUCACGGUGCAGAAGAAGGAUUUCCCCAGCAACAGCUUCUACGUGGUGGUGGUGGUGAAGACGGAGGACGAGGUGUGCGGGGGGGCUCUGCCCUACUACCCCCUCUCCAAAGAUGCCUCGCCAGAUGAACCCGUGGAUCAGCACAACCGGCAGAAGACGCUGGAGGUGAUGGUGUCGCCCGCCAUAACCGCGGAGGCCUAUGUGAGGAGCGUGCUCUUCUGCCUGGGCAUCUUCCUCUCCUUCUACGUCCUCACGCUGCUCAUCGCCUGCUGGGAGAGCUGCCGGCACCAGAAGAGGAAGGGGCUCCUGGCAGCCAUGGACUCGCCCAGCCUGGACACGGCAUCUCUUCUGGGGCACGCCCGCAGCAUCCCCGACUCCUUCCUGGGCCAUGGUCCCUACAACACCUACAGUUACGGCUCCUUUGGGAACGGCUCCUCCGGCAGCACCGAGGGCGUCACGGACAGCGUGGGCUCCGCAGAAGUCCCUUAUGGUUACGUGGGGCAGGAGCAGUUCAAGCGGCGCACGCCCUCCGCCCCGAUGAGGCCGCUGAGCAUUGCCAUGGGGGAGCGGUCGCUGGAGAACGUGGCCGGCCGGCCGCGCCUGGACUCGCUCAGCUCCAUCGAGGAGGAUGACUACGACACGCUGGCCGACAUCGACUACGACAAGAACGUCAUCCGCACCAAGCAAUACCUCUGCGUGGCCGACCUGGCCCGCAAGGACAAGCGGGUGCUGCGGAAGAAGUACCAGAUCUACUUCUGGAACAUCGCCACCAUCGCCGUCUUCUACGCCCUCCCCGUCAUCCAGCUCGUCAUCACCUACCAGACGGUGGUGAACGUCACCGGCAACCAGGACAUCUGCUACUACAACUUCCUGUGCGCCCACCCGCUGGGGAACCUCAGCGCCUUCAACAACAUCCUCAGCAACCUGGGCUACGUCCUGCUGGGCUUGCUCUUCCUGCUCAUCAUCCUGCAGCGGGAGAUCAACUACAACCGGGCGCUCGUGCGCAACGAUGCCCACGCCCUGGAGUGCGGCAUCCCCAAGCACUUCGGGCUCUUCUACGCCAUGGGCACCGCCCUCAUGAUGGAGGGGCUGCUCAGCGCCUGCUACCACGUCUGCCCCAACUACACCAACUUCCAGUUCGACACCUCCUUCAUGUACAUGAUCGCGGGGCUCUGCAUGCUGAAGCUCUACCAGAAGCGCCACCCGGACAUCAACGCCAGCGCCUACAGCGCCUACGCCUGCCUGGCCCUCGUCAUCUUCUUCUCCGUCGUCGGCGUGGUCUUCGGCAAGGGGAACACGGCCUUCUGGAUCGUCUUCUCCGUCAUCCACAUCGUGGCCACCCUGCUGCUGAGCACCCAGCUCUACUACAUGGGGCGUUGGAAGCUGGACUCGGGCAUCCUCCGCAGGAUCCUGCACGUGCUGUACACGGACUGCGUCCGGCAGUGCAGCGGGCCCAUGUACGUGGAUCGAAUGGUGCUCUUGGUCAUGGGAAACAUCAUCAACUGGUCGCUCGCUGCCUACGGCCUCAUCGUCCGCCCCAACGACUUCGCUUCCUACCUGCUGGCCAUCGGCAUCUGCAACCUCCUCCUCUACUUUGCCUUCUACAUCAUCAUGAAGCUCCGCAGCGGCGAGCGCAUCCAGCUCAUCCCCUUGCUCUGCAUCGUCGGCACCUCGGUGGUCUGGGGCUUCGCUCUCUUCUUCUUCUUCCAGGGGCUCAGCACCUGGCAGAAAACGCCGGCCGAGUCCCGGGAGCACAACCGCGACUGCAUCCUGCUCGACUUCUUUGACGACCACGACAUCUGGCACUUCCUCUCCUCCAUCGCCAUGUUCGGCUCCUUCCUGGUGCUGCUGACGCUGGACGAUGACCUGGACUGCGUCCAGCGGGACAAGAUCUACGUCUUCUAGGGGCCCGCAGCCGCCCGCGGCCCUGGGACCGUGCCAAAUGCCUGGCCGCAGCCCCCAGGAGGGGGGGGACCCGCCGGGGCGGUGCGUGCCCCUGGGGAGGGAUGCCCGUGCUGCGGGUCCCGCCAGCCGUUCCGUCCCCCUCCCCAUGCGGCCCCGGGGUCCCGGUGCGCCUUCUUCCCUUCGGCCGGGUCCCUCCCCGGCGCUGCGUGCCCAUCCCCGGGCUCUCGUAGCCAAAAAUGGGGCUGGGGGGCCACCGGGGCACCCGUCCUCGGUGGCAAGUGACACCGGAAAAGGUGCUGCUGCCACUGCCGCCGCUGCCCCGUGUCCGUAUGCCCGUGGGCACGGUGCGGGGGGCUGGGGUGAGCGCCGUGCCAGCAGCCCCGUGGCCCCCCGAGCACGCGGGUGCGGGUCUCUCAGUGCCUGAGCCGUAGGGGUGGGAGGUGGGGGCGCGUGCGU